AUGGAAUAGCUUUUUGCAACGUUCUAUCCUAAAACACGAAAGAUAGAGCCAACAAUUCCUAGAUCUCAAAGAUACAUCAUUUCUGCAUAAAAAAAGGCAUAAACUGCUAAUAGAUCAAAACGACAUUAGUCCUUUUCUGCUAACAGACAAAACACAUAAACUAGUUCUAAUUACUAAGGAUAGUUAACUUACUUUGCUUAAAAUUAGAAUAAAAUGCAUAGUUAAACGAAUUUCGAAGAUUAUAUUUUAAAUAAAUAUGAAAAAUAGAAAAGUGAAUAAAAAUAUAUUCAUCCAUUUGUAUAAAAAAAACUCUAAAUGAGAGAUAUAAAUCAUGCAAUUGAAUCCUAUAAAAAUUUUAAUGAGAAUAGCAGUAGAAGCUUAUAAAAUGAUUUGGAUGAACAACAAAAUUCCUCUUUUUUUGGGGUAUAACCUAAGACUUCUAAGCAGCAUAUAUCAAGGGAAAAGUUAAAAAUCAUAGUAGAUCAAUAAGAAAGAUAAAAUACUUCACCUAAAUAAAAAGAUUAAUCUAAGGUAAUCAAUAACUAUCAAUCGUAUGGUUAUUAAUUACCCCGCUAUACCGAAUUAGAUGAAGAAAACAAUUAUUCUUCUUAUUUAAGCAAAAACUCAGCUUAAUAAAAAGAAAACAUUAGAUAAUAGAGCAUUUAAAAUAAUUUUAAUAAUAUUCAACAAAAUCAUAGUUAGCAUCAUCGUUCUGAAAAUAAACCAAAAUCACCAAAUUAAAAAACUAAAAAUACUGAAAGAGAUACUAGUCAAAGUAAAAAUGAAAAUCUUGAUGAUAGUUUCGAAGACUUUUAUAUCACAUUACCACUCUAAUAAGACAUAAAUUAUCAAGCCAAUAAUGAAUAUAGUAAAGUUUGUUAAAUAGUUAAAGACUAAGAAAAUAAGUAGCUUGUUAUUCAAUCAUCUCCGAUUAAAAAGUAAUAUGAGAAUUUCGAAGAAUACUAUGACAAUUAAAAAAAUAAAGAGAUAAAAAAAAGUAAACAAUAUCCAUUUUUCAUCACAAAAAUUAAUAUAUUAGAUUAACCUAACAUUUAUGAUGUGCUUUCAGAUAAAAAAAUAAGUAAUUAAACAGAGCCUAGGGAAAAUACAGAAAUUAAGCAGCCAAACUAUUUUAAAGGCUUUAUCAAACAUGAUAUUCAUUAUAUACAAUCUAAAAAUCUAAGAGCAGCUUUAUCAGCAGCUUCAAAAAAAAGAUAGAAUACCUCAUAAUCUUCUAAGAGAAGAGAUAAUAGCUACUAGUAAAUCACAUAAACAACAGACUAAAUUAGUUAGCCAUAGUAUAUAAAUACAUAAAUUUCAGAAAAAUACCAAAACGAAGCAGAAAAUAAUUAAAUUUUCCAAAAAGUAAAGAGAUUUGAGAAAGAAUUUAGGAAAAAUACUCAAACAUAUUAUAGAGACAAAAUAGGAUACAGUGAUAUAAAAUCAGGAGGUGAUUUUAAUAUAAUGUAUGAGAAUUUUCAAGGUUAAACUGCUCAUAAUAGUUUUAUUAAGAAAGCAAGAAACUUUAGGAUUACUAAAAGCUCAUAGGGUUAAAGAAAUGAUAGUGAAGAAAAAUUAGAGGGUAUGAAUCUCCUUGAAAGAUUAAAUUGCUAUAAUAAUGAUAGAGCUAAUAAAUAUAAUUUAUUGAUGUAAAAUUAAGUAAAUAUGAAACAAAAUUUAGGAAUUAGAAAUCAUUCAUCUUAGUAAAACUAGAAAUAAAAUGAUAGCUUUUCAAAGGCUUCUGGAACUCCACUUUCUUAAAUUUAACAUUCACCUUCAAAAUAGAAAAAUAGAUUAAAAACUUAAGAUUAAUCAACUGAAUUCAAUUAAUGUCUUACAGUAUAAAAAUAUCUAAAAAGAGUAAAAACACCAAAUAUGUAAUGA